UAAAGAGGUUAUUGAUUGCUCAGUCACGGUUGAAGCACUGUAGAACAUGCCAUUAUGCAAGGUAAUUUAAAUUUUGUCAUGGCCUUCAUUCACCAGUGAUCAAACCUCAUGAUUUGCAAAAGAAGUAUUUAAAAAAACUGGGCUGAUUUCAUAUUUUACAUGCUAAAUAUAGCUUUUGCAGAGGUAUUUAAUAUCUACCAUAUGUAUUAAAUUGAUGUACAUGCAUGUGUGUGAUAUAUUAAAAUGGUAUAAUGUGAAUUGUAACAUCAUGCGAGCACUAGCUGAGGUGUACGUCAAAUUUAAACUGUAGUAUUUAAUAUAUUAUACCAUGUAUUAAAUUGAUGCUUGUGUGUGGUAUAUUAAGAUGGUAUAAUGUGAAUUGUAACAUCAUACACGAGCAUGAUACAAUGAAUAUACUGAGAUGUACGUCAAGUUUAAACUGUAGUUGUUUUGCUGUAUUGAGAACAAAAAAGACACACUCCUAAAAAGAUCUGCAUUUGCGCAUGAGAUGUUUACCGGCUAUAAUAGCGGGAAGUUAAAAUGCAUUGAGGUCAUUAGAAUUAUAUCAGACCAUGCACUGGAAUUCGGGGUCCUAUUCAUGUCAGUUAAGUGCAGUUACGUAAACAAUAACAGCAUACAUGAUGAUGGCAUGAAAACUACCUGUAUGAGUUCAGAGUGUGUGGGCACAUUUUUAUAUAGUCUUGAAAUUUUACAUGUAUGUUUUGAACUCAAUUCAUGCUCGGAUUUAUGUUGAAUGAGUAACAUUCACAGUACUUGGCCAUCAGUAAGUUCCCAAAGAAAAUUACCUCUAUAUAUUUCAUGUAAAUCUAUCUUUUUUCGAAAUCGUCUCUUGGAGCCAAUUUUUCCUCGAUGUGGAUGAAAUAAAAAACAUUUUCUUGAGAAAUAUCAAACUUUUUAAGAAACUGUUAUAUUUUUAAACAUGUUACCAUGAAAUAUUCCAGAGAGAUAGCAAUUUAUUCACAAUGUUAAUGUUUUUAAGUUUCAAAAAGAGUACUCUCAAAUCAAACUUGUGUUAAAAAUUGUCAUAUCUCUACAAUAGAUUAUAUAUAAUUAUUCUAAAAUUAUUAGUCGAUGAUACUGUGAAUACUUCUGAGAUCAGUGCUUUUUAUUUCAUCAAAAUUGAUCAAGAAAUGUGUUCAGAAAAAUUGUUCGAAAAUAUAUGGUUUUCUAUGAAAUAUAUAGUGGAAAUUUUCUUUUGGAACUUACUUAUGGUCAAGUACUGUACAAGUUCUCUCAGAUUAUUAUGAUAUGAGGAAAAUGUGAAGUAUUUUGCAAUAGGGGAUAUGAUUUUGAUGUCGAAAUAUUUUUGUAGCCCCAAAUUUGUGCAGACCCUAAAAUUGAGUUCAUUAUGAUGGUGUACUAUAUAGCUAUGUCUGUAUCUAGGAGAGCUGAUGCAGUAUACAUUGUUAUAUAGCAUGAGAACUCCAUCCGACACAAUCUGUCUCUACACAGUCGAUUCAUGCGAAUACAGAAUGAGGGGACCGGGAAAAGUUCCUGGUGGGUCAUCAAUCCAGACGCCAAACCCGGUAAGACCCCUCGGCGAAGAGUCAGCAGCAUGGAGACCAAAAACUAUGAAAAACGACGGGGUCGGGUUAAAAAGAAAGUGGAGGCCAUGAGGGCUGCGUUAGAAAAUAACAGUCCCUCAUCAACAACGGAGGACUAUCUAGACUCGCCACUUAGUUUCCAACUGAGUCCAGACUUCCGACCUCGAGCGAGUUCUAAUGCCAGUAGUUGUGGUCGUUUGUCACCAAUUCCAGCCAGUAUUGAGCCAGACCUUCACGAUAAUCAGGUUCCCAGGAUGUCCCCGAUCCACUGGGGUCAGGAACUGGAUACGUCUGGAAGCUAUUCCGAGGUUCCAUAUGAUCCUAUCAUAAGUAGCCUGGUGGACGGGAUGAAGUUGGAUGGAAAUAAUAUGGGAAUUCCUGAGGACAUGGGGCUCAGAAUGGAUCCCAAUGAGAUAGAGAUGCUCGCAGAAGGAGGAAUGGUGCAGUCUUUGCUCAACACCAGUCAAGGUAAUAUAAAUGAGAAUGUACAACAACAGAUGAUGUCUACUAAUGGAAACAUGAAUAUGCCACAGUAUAAUGAUCAAAGUGCCAACUUCAAUGACAGCAAUCAAUAUGGUGGUACUCUCCCUGCCCCGCCCACCUAUCAAGAUUCCAUGAGACGAAGUCCCCAGCAGCAGGGUAGCCUAGAGCAACUGUUGAUGUCCAAUGGAGGAUUCGGGGAUAUACAAAUGCAGCAGCAACAGAAUAUGAGAAUGUACAACAGCCCACAGUCAGCCCAACAUAGCCCGAUGUACUCCCAGCAAGAGGCCUUACUAAUGCAGCAGAAUAGUGGAGGUAGCCCAUCCGGUAGCUCAUUGAGUAUUAACACGCAGAUGCCCUCGCCUGCUCGCUCUCCACAACAACAGGUGAGCCCUAAUUUCAACAACCGCAUGAUGAAUUAUGGUCAGCAACAGCACUCGCCGCAGUCCAACAUAAAGCCAGUGUCUCCACAUCAACCAAUGAUGAAUCGACAGCCGACCUCCCCCUCCCAGCCAUCAUUACUCCAGCGUUGUCUGGAACAGAGUCCGGACUCGCUCAUCAGGCAGUCGCCUUCAGAUUCCCUUCUGAGACAGGCCCUGACCCAAAAAACUAGCCCACAAUACCCCAAACAGACCACAAACACAAAUCAGAUCCCAUUCUCCACUUCACAAAAUUCAGGAUUCACUAACCUGUGUCCAGUACCAAGACAAAACAUUAGUCUCAGUAAUGGCUUAAACAACAAUUUGGUCUCCUCACAGCAGAAUGCUCGAAAUGUCAUGUCUUCACUUCAACAAGCCCUAGCUGGUUCUCCAAAUCUGAUCUCUACUCAGUCAGUCAUUUCCACACAGCCAGUAAUCCCAGAGAACAAUUCCAGCAAUUCACUGAAUGAAAUCAGCCCCGAUUUCUUUGAAUCCGAUAGUGACAUGCAAAAAGUGCUUCAACAAGAGAUCAACCUAGAGGGCAGUCUGGACUUUGACUUUGACCCGGCUGGCACGGGUCCAGCGGGGUCCGUAGAGGCACAAAACAUGGUUCGAUAAUGAUGGCUUUUUGCCCAUAGUAAGAUGUGUAAUGAAUGAUUGUAAUGAAGAGAAGACUGGAGAUACAGUAAGAUAUCAUUAGUUGUUGUGUUUUACAGAAGUCUUUUAUUGUCCCCCAGCCAGACCCCAGCUUCUCUUACAGUGGCAGCACGUAGAAUAUCAGCAACAUGAACAACAGAGCCCGCGAGGAAGCCCUGCACCCUGUGUCUCUCAGUGGGAGAUAAUAAGUGUAGAAUUGAGGUCAAAUUUUACAGAACAUCUCUCCAAAAUGACAGCACAGAGGAAGUCAGAAACUGUUAAACUGGAAUAGACAGUGGCGAACAAGUGAAGAUUUAUCAUUAUAGAAAGCAAGAGUGAUCUCAGACCUUGAAUAAGUACACUGUACGUGUGCUGCCGGGUUUUUUGUGAGGAUGUGUAUAGUUUGAACACAUUUACAAAGCUUUUUAUUUGUACUAGAUUUGUGCUUGUAACUACUUCAUGUGAAAGAAAGAAGAAAAUCAAUGGUCCUGGCAGUGCCACACGCGAUAUUCACAGCAGAGUGAAGAUGUGCAAUAUCUGAAGAAUUGGGUCACUGUCGCAGACAUAUAAAACUGGAGGGAAGUCUGCGACUUUAAGGGGCCAAGUCUUUAUGGGUAUUGAAAAUAACAUUCAACUAAAUUUGGAAAUUGACAGGAAAAAUUAUUCAUACUUCUUUUCCUCUUAUGAAUGAUAGACAUUCUUAUUUUGCUGAAUUAUGUCAUAGACCCAAGAAGGCUAUUCAGAUCAAAAUUUGUCUUUGUAUGUCUGGCGUAAAUUUUAAUGGUCAAAGGGGGGAUGAUAUACGGAAUCUCCAAAAUUACAAGAUGGCUGUCAGGCCUUGUGAUAGACGGAGGCACUUUUUGAUUUGCAUUAGUGAUGAACUUACACAAAAAUGUCUCCUAAUAGUCUUGACUUAACAAAGAAAUCAGAUUAAAAUUUCUGUAUGGAUGUUGUAUUAUAUCAUUUUAAAAAAGAUUGUUUCUUUGGGAGUUGAAAUAUAAGAAAAGUACUUUAAUUCAGGUGAGCUUUGUGGCCAAUGAGUUUCGUGGAAUCAAUGCAUAUAUGUAUAUGUCACAAAGCUGAUUGAGUAUGCUCAACUAGUUUCUUUGUUUCUUUAGGAGUAUUGUGGUGUAUAAAUCUACUGAAGAAGUUUAGAACCUAGUCCAGUAUGUUCAAUCAGCUGGGUGGUAUUUUUAUACUACUACUUUUGUAGAAUUUCCUAUACUUAUUUCAGGAAUACAUCUGUGUGUGCAAAAUUUAAUGAAUUCUUCCAAAUAAGCAAGUGUUAAAGUACUGCAUGGUAAAUGUCAUGACAACAAAAACAUAAUUUUUCCAUAGUUACAAAAAUUUCAUAAGAUGAUUAUUCUGUAAUUUUCAAUGAUCAAUGUUUCAUAACAGAUAUGUUUACCCUCCCUGCCAUCUAUUCACUGUUUUGAUUGACGAGGAAUUCUUUUCAAUGUCAAAUUAUGUUGCCCAUAUGGACUGUUAAUGGUAGGGUGAUUGAAUUCUGCUGGACAGAAACAAAAGAUCUGCAGGGUGCAGUCCAUUACUCUUAGUGAUGGAUUUGGCUCAGCCAAGGCAAAGGGAUUGUAGGAAUUCUAAUAUGCAGGGAGAUUUUCUCUUUGUGGAAAAUGAAUUGCCAGUAUCCAACAUCAGAGUAUGAAUGUAAUGGAAUUGUUACAGAUGAAUUUAUUGUAUUUUUUUAAGACCUGCAUUGAGUAUUCCCCCACAGUCUAUAAGCUUGUGGGAAAUGAUGGAUUUUAUCAACAAUUAUGAAAUGUGAUUUAUAUGAAGUUCUAUGUCAUUAGAAGUGGGUUCUUUUUCUCUGUAUAAUUUAUGCUUUAAUUUUCACAACUCUGGUUCUCAGUUAGUGGUCAGAGUGCUGUUUGGACAGAUGUACCCCUCCCCAUCAGAGUGCUGUUUGGACAGAUGUACCCCCUCCCCAUUGUGUUUAGUUCUCUGGGAACCCUACUUAUUUUGAUAUAGAUUGAAUUUCCACUCUUGGUUCCUAUAUGAAGAGAAAGAUAUGUGAGGAGAAGUGUGAUAUCAAUCUAAGGAGAUGAAGAUGGAUUUCAGAUGUGAAUCCCAUGGGUGAUCGGUCAUUCGCUUGCAGAAUUUUUUUCAAACAGCUUCAAUAUCCCCCCCCCCCCCAAGUAAAAUCUCCAAGAAAUUUCAAAUUUAUUUCUGUACUUUUGUAUUUUUAGUAAUCUCCAUAAAAAAAAAUAUGCAUCCUGAAGAUUCAGAGACUCAGGGAGAAUGCAAAAGACUGACAUUUGGCUGUAGAGCAUUUUCAUUGAUUUUUUCAUUAUCUGCUUGCCUGUGUGAAGAUUAUGUCUACUGUGAAAUUAAUGGUGAUGCAACAGUUUCCACAUCUGAAAAUAAGUUUAUUCCCAGCCUUCUCUCCUUCUGCAGCACGAAAAAUGGUGUAUGAUUUAUUCAUUCAGAGGAUUGGGAUUUAUCAAGGAUUAUUUAGUGAUUUUAUUUAGAGAACAGAGUAUCUGGAAAUAAUUGUUGCCAUGGAAACCAAUUUCUAGGAAGAGAAAAGAUGUCACUUUCAGACACCUAAUAGAAUCUGUCUUUGACUAGUCCCCUGACUCCACAAAUUUCAAUACCCCACCCUCUUCCUACGCAAUUCCUUUUUAGAUGUCUAAGGCAAUACAUUACUGUCAUUUGCUCAAAUUCUGCUGAUCUACAUAACUAUGAUAAACUUUCCUGUUUCUCCUGAACUAAUGUGUUUGGUAACAAUGUCAUUAGAAUGAGAUUCAUUUUAAGUGCAUACUAAAUUCUGUCUGAAAUAUUGAAAUUUUUACCUUUUUUUAAAAUAGCUAUUGAAAUAUUUUUCUUCUUUUUUUUUCUUUCUUAUUCUAAAAAUAUUUUUAAAUUUUUUUUUUUUUUUUAAUUAAUGUUUUUUUUUGGGGGGGGGGGGGGGGUCUUUGCACGAAAUAUACAUUUUGUCUUUACAUAGAAUAUAUACAUGGUAUUUCACAUAAAAAUUAUGUUCAGAUGCAGUUAGCAAAGGUUUAACACACAGAAGACAUUGUCCCUUUUGUUUGCUAUUUGUUUGACUUUCAGCAAGAAUUUGUUUCUGAUAGAUGGAGGUGAUUCAGAGUUCUAGGAAUUAAAACCUUAUAUGUAAACAGGUAACUCUGUCUAACAGCACUUUUGUUUUUGCUCAAUCACGAAAUCGUCAAAUUUGCUCCAUAACAUACUGUAUAUAAUUUUUAAUUUUUUUUUGUGUACUUGUACAUAUAUCAAGGGCUCUUCAUGUUCAUGCAGUGUUUAGAGACACCUCAUACUGCAAUGCAAAGGGAGGCAAUUUAUACACUGUUGUCAGAAUUGUUGCCUAAGAUGGUGAAAAAAUGUAGAGAGUUGUUGUUCUUGUUUCAUCUUCAUAUUGUUUAUUUUGAUGUAAAUAUUGUUAAAGAUCAUUUGUAUAAAACUUCACAGUUACAGAAUUAUAUAUAUAUCUAUCUAUUAUAAAUGUAUCAGACACAUCUUUUAUGAAAGAUGUAGAGUUUAUCAUGUGCUGGCAGUAUUUUAUUUCAUUGUUGCAGAAAGGUUGUUUAUUUUUAAAUCAAAUCAAAACAUGUAGAAAUAAAUAAAAUGACUGUUAUUUUUUUCUUUCAUAUAUAUGGCAUUUUCCCCAAUGAUUUCAUUAUGUAUUUGUUUUUUUUUUGUUUUUUUGUUUUUUUGGUUCACUCGCAUCAUAUUAUGCCCCAUCUCUUAUAUAAAGCUUAUUCAUUUGAGAUGAAUUAGCCUCUUGGCUACAAACUUAAUCUCCUUUGUCUUUUUUUAAAUUUUUUUAAAGAUAUGAAUUUGUCUGAUAAAAAAAGGAAACCAAAGCAGUUAUUACAAACCAAAUGAAAUCAUUUUGCUCCCCACCAAAUUUCAAGUUUCCCACUUUUUAAAAAAAAAAAUCAGGGCUCUGUUUAAAAUUCCAGGUAAAGUAAGGAAUAGGGAAAUCCUAUACAAAUGUGCCUGUCAGUUAUACAGAUUAUAUCCUCAGGUUUUGUCAAAACUUAUCAAGAUGGGUUAUGUGCCCUUGGUAGUCUACUGGCGGCUAUAACUUGAUUAUCUGCCCCUGAUGACUGGGUUAACUGCCCCUGACAGCCUGGCUGGUGUUAGUGAGGUCUGUUUAUAUUGUUUAUCUGUGAUUUUUGAGGCGAGGACAACAUCCUGAUGAGAUCCGGUGGUCUAAUUUUUUUUGUCACUUUACAGCAGCAGAAUGUGAGAAAUCUUUCUUUCUCUUUAUGGAAUAUAUCAGAGGUAUUUAUAGGCACACAAAACUAACUGAAAAUGACGGAAAUACUCAUCAAGUGAUCAGAAGGUACUUAAUGACAGGUCAUAAUUUUUCUAUGUAGUUUUUAUAGAAUAAUUUCUUUGGUUUUUAAGGAGCCUUAACUUUGUAAGAUUGUAUCUACGUUAGUUGUUACUUUUUAAUGAACUUUGCAGAUUCAUGUCGUGGCAGGACACAAGCUGACUUGUUACAUAUAAUGACUUCCUGUUAUAUUUGGACAAUUUAAUGAGGAAAAAGAAUGUUUGAACCCUAAAUGCCAUUUAAUAAACGCUUUAUAAUGCUUUAUCCCUAAUUUCCUAUUUUAAUCAAAAACAAGUAUUUUAAAGUUACUAUUAAACAUUAGUAUUUUGUUACAUCUAGGUACAAUGUCUUUUCAAUUGAGUGAAGUAGGUCUAAUGAUACAGUGCAGGUGUAUGCAUGUGUUUAUUUAAUUUUUCUUGCUCUCUACUGGAAUUUUGUUUUAAACUGACAUCCAUUUGUUGUAUAGUUGUCGCCAUGGUUACUCAGUGGAUACUUCCGUGUUAGAAAAAGUGCCUGUAUAGCACAAAUGUUAACAUUCAACUCAGAGGCAGUGUUAGCAUGUCCCGAGAUGAACAUUUUAUCAAGCUUGUCUCCGUACAAUACCCAAUAUUCUCUACUGUUAUCAAAAUUAGUGUUAUAAAAUGUGUCGCGAUCACAUUAUCUUUGCCAAGUUUAGUCAAGGCUUUAAGGUGUAAACACUGGGUUGGUAUAAAGCUGAGAACCGGCGACAUCCUGGAGAGACUUGUGGGAUGUAAAUCUUUGUUUGAUGUGUUCUAUUGGUUGUUUCUGUUGCACUGUGAGCUGUCUUUGGAACUGUUAACUUGUAAGUGACUAUACAGCUGAUGAAAUGAGUCUUAUCUUUUCUUGAGCUUUUUGUCCUGCUACAAUUCGUCACGAAAUAUGAUUUAGGUCGUUACCUUUUCUGGUUAUACAGAAUUAGGUCGUUACCUUUUCUAGUUAUACAGAAUUAGGUCGUUACCUUUUCUAGUUAUACAGAAUUAGGUCAUUACCCUUUCUGGUUAUACAGAAUUAGGUUUUUACCUUUUCUAGUUAUACAGAAUUAGGUCGUUACCUUUUCUAGUUAUACAGAAUUAGGUCAUUACCUUUUCUGGUUAUACAGAAUUAGGUCAUUACCUUUUCUGGUUAUACAGAAUUAGGUCAUUACCUUUUCUGGUUAUACAGAAUUAGGUCACUACCUUUUCUAGUUAUACAGAAUUAGGUCAUUAUCUUUUCUGGUUAUACAGUAUUAGGUCGUUACCUUUUCUAGUUAUACAGAAUUAGGUCAUUACCUUUUCUGGUUAUUCUAAAACAUCCUGACGACGAAUCUUUUUCUUUUCUUAAUUUCAUGAUCAUUUUGUAAAUUUUCCACUUGGUGUUAUUCUGUAUAAAUUAAGUUUUGUUUUUGUGUUGUUGUUUUUGUUUUUUGUUUUGGUUUAUCUUGUUGCUAAACAAGGCAAAUUCUAAAGAUUCCAGUACGAUUACAUAUAUCCGAUAGAUCCCCCCCCCCCCCCGUACAAUUUUCUUGUAGGUGUGUUAUGUCUCUCUGAGGCGUGUUUAUACAUAUUUAACUCGAAUUCUGCUGUUGGUACUUUAAUUUAUCCCUAGUCUCAAUCCACAGAUUUCAACAUCUAAAGAUAAAGGAGAUUGGAUAGAAUGUUUAAACUACUUUCCCUGCACUAUAGAUUCAGACAAGUGUUUGUUGCUGGUAACAGUCGUGUUUGAAUAUUUUUUGUUCGUUGACACGUCACAGUUUGUGCUCACAUGUGAUAAACGUGAAUUUGUUAUGUGAUACUAAAUGUAUGAAUGGAGGAUUGCUAGAUUUUUUCUUGUUUUUAGCAAUUUUAAUCAACAAGCGUUAGUUAUAUUGCGUCAUUAUAUAUAUAUAUGUAUAGUUCUAUAUAUAUUGAUAAUGCAUUCGUUGUUUUUAUAUUACUUGAGUUUAUAUUUUACACUGUAGAUCAGUCGUGUACACUACUCACCUCGGAAGCCUUAGAAAUGAGAUACAAUUUCAAAAAUUAAGAUUUUCAUGAGUUUUUCUUUUCCCGUGAUGUAUGUUGAAAAAGCUCAGAAAGCAGCAAAGUUAACUUUUUAAAUUCAGAACCAUCAUGAAGUGAAAUCAAAUAACACGUGGUGCUUCCGGUGACAAUUUAGGGUCACUUCCGGGCAAGAGGUCGCCUAUUAAGCAAUACAGCCAACGUUCAUUUAUACAUUAACGAUAUUUUCUCCCCAAAGUUCGUUCAUAUUAGUUUCAUUUAUUUUCGAAAUACUGUGUACAUGUGGUGUAUAGCAUAUGUUGAAAAUUCAGCGUCCUAUUUUUGACCAUUUUAUAUCCUCAGUGCUUUUACUAGGGAGCUUCGUUAGAUUUGAAUCGUCCCAGAAGUUUUGUUGGUGAAUUAGUAAUCACUGUUAUAUAUGGUUUUGUUAUCAUCAUGUGACAUUUUUGUAAAGAGUCAGAUAUGACAUAGGUAUAUAUAUAAUGAAUAUAUGUAUUCUUCGUGUUUAACAGAAACAUUUGUGAAAUAAAUAUAUGAAAAUAA